AUGUCAAACUUAGAGCUGCCAAGUCGAAGCCUGCCUGUUCUUUUAAUUGAAGCAAGUAUUUGCGUCGCACUAAACAUUACAAGCAUCACUGGAAACAGUCUGGUCUGUAUGGCAGCAUACAGAAACCCAAACCUGCGAUCAACCACAAAUCUGUAUAUCAUUGCCUUAGCAGUCAGCGAUCUGCUCUGUGCAACAAUAGAAAUGCCUUUGGCGUCUACAACGCUAAUCAUUGGAAGAUGGGAUUUUGGCGACGCGGUAUGCCAAAUUCAAGGUUUUAUUGACGUGUUUUCUACUUACGCAACCCCAGCAACCCUUGGUUUGACUGCAGUUAACCGAUACUUGAAAAUUGUGAAGACGAACCAC